GGACGGGACAGACGGGACAGAGGGACACCAGCGUGGGGCUGGGGAGCCACCAGGACGGGGGCCCUGUGCCCUGCUGGGAUGGAGAGCGCCCGGCCCAUCCUGUGCCUGCAGCUGUGGCUGUGGGUGCAGAGCUCUGCCCAGGAGCUCGACCCUGAGGGCAGGAACGUCUGCAGGUUCGCGGCCGGCCCGCAGUGCUGUCCCGGCUGGAGGCAGGAGGGGAGGGCGUGCACGGUCGCCGUGUGCGAGGGGGAGGACGCCUGCAGGGAGGGCGAGGUGUGCGUGAAACCCGGGCUGUGCCGCUGCCCACCCGGCUUCUUCGGAGCAGACUGCAGCUCCCGCUGCCCUGAGCAGUACUGGGGCCACGACUGCAAGCGGAGCUGCCCGUGCCACCCCAACGGGCGCUGCGACCCCGCCAGCGGCCGCUGCACCUGCGACCCCAACCACUGGGGAAGGCUGUGCCAGUUCCCGUGCCAGUGCGGCCCCCACGGCCGCUGCGACCCCCUGAGCGGCGCCUGCCACUGCGAGCCGGGCUGGUGGGCACCCAACUGCAAGAAGCAAUGCCCCUGCAACCCCUCCACGUCGCAGUGCGACCCCCUGAGCGGGCUGUGCCGCUGCCAGCCGGGCUGGUGGGGCCGGAGGUGCAGCUUCAAGUGCUCCUGCAACGUCUCACCCUGCGCGCAGGAGACGGGCAAGUGCGAGUGCCUGCCUGGCUACUGGGGACCGGCGUGCCAGCGGCGCUGCGACUGCGGGCACGGCUCCUGCAGCUCCGCCAGCGGCCACUGCACCUGCGAGCCCGGCUACCAGGGCAGGAGCUGCCGGGAGCCCUGCCCGGCGGGGAAAUACGGCCCUCAGUGCGUGCACAGCUGUGGGAGCUGCAAGCGCAGCCAGCCCUGCUCACCCGUGGAUGGUUUCUGCCUGGCCUGCCAGCCCGGCUGGAACGGGACCCUCUGCAAGGAUCCCUGUGCUCCUGGAUUCCAUGGGGAUGGCUGCCUGCAGCCGUGUCCCCGCUGCCUGCACGGGGAGCCCUGUGAUCCCCAGACCGGGUCCUGCCUGCGCUGUGACCCCGGCUGGACAGGACCCAGCUGCAACAGCUCCUGCCCUGUGGGCACCUUUGGUGAUGGCUGCCAGUUCCUCUGCCCUGAGUGUGUUUCAGGGAGCUGUGACCCCGUGACAGGAGUUUGCAUCUGCCAGGCAGGCUACUGGGGAGACAGCUGCAACAACACUUGUCCUGAGGGCUAUUUUGGAGUGAAUUGUUCCUCACCCUGCCAGUGCUCCCGGGGGACCUGUGACCCUGUGCAGGGUGACUGUGUGCUGAGUUUGAAGGACCACGGAGCCCUUGCAGCUGCCAUCCUUGUCCCUCUCCUGCUGUUGCUGCUCUGUGUUGCCUGCUGCUGCUGUGGUGCCGGCUCAGCAGAUGCCAGAGACAGGGCAGCUGUGCCAGAUGAUGGUGUGCUGGCCAGGAUGAAGCACCACGUGCAGGGGGUGUUGGCCAACCUCAGUGCUCUCAUGCCCUGCUUUAACCUGGGCACCUCAAAACUUCCCAAAGUCACAGUUUCCCACCACGACAUGGAAAUCCCCUACAACCCCAGCUUCAUCGAGCCCCCAUCAUCUGCGUGGGUUUCAGACAGCUCCUUCUCCUCCUUCGACACCGACAACGAGGGACCCGAGUACUCCGUCCCUCCCAGAGAAGGCAUCCCACUGCUGGGCGGGGCUGAGCUGCAGGACGGAGCAUCCCCCGCUGCCGAGGCGCUCCCGGACCCGUCCGCCUUCGACUCCGAGGAUGUCUCGCAGCCCUUCGCCAUCCCCCGCACGUCCAGCAUCGCCAAGGCCAAGCGUCCCUCUGUGUCCUUCGCCGAGGGGACAAAAUUCGGGGCUGCCGAGACGCCCAGCCCCAGCAGGAAGCCCAAGGCUCCGUGGGGCCCAUCCAGGCUGACCCCACCGCCGGGGGAUGCGGCGGCCGAGCCGCCCAGCGAGAGCCCGGCCAGCGAUUGCUACGAGAACGCCGAGCCCCUCAGCAAGGGGGACGAAAGCCACCGGCCAUCGCCCCGGGCCACGCCGGGGGGACGCCGCAGGGUGGUGUCCAGCACCAGGCAUGUGGCACAGAGAGUGGAGGCGCUGGAAGCGGCUGCGAGAUGCGGCAGCUGGGAGGCCAAGGGGAAGGAACCCAAUGUCACCACCAUCUACAUGAUGGUGGGAACGGCAGGGCACGACCCCAAGGCGGAGGGGACUGGCGAGGGACCGGUCCAGGCUGUGCUGAAGCGUCUGGGCAGCUUGCAGAAGGGCAAGUGGGCUGCGAAGGAGGAGCCCAAGGUGAGGAGGAGCAUGGAGGCCAUCCAGAAACCCCCUCGCCGGGCUCUGGCGCAGCGCAGGGACUCGGAGAACAGCUGCAAGCAGAGGGAGAGUGUGCCGGGGGCUCCUGCCGAGCCAGCCCCGGGCAAGCAGCAGCAGCAUCCCGCUGCCAAGAGACUGUCCCUCCUCCUCGCAUCCCUCUCGUCAAAAAGCACCGGUGCCCAGGACGGGGCCAGCGAAACGGCAGAGAAGGGGGAAAGCCCGGAGUUAGCUGGCAGCCUGGAAAGGAAGGGACAGGCUGCCGCGGAGGAAGAGCCGAAAUACGAGAACGUGGCCAGCAGCGGUGCUGAUUCGCCCUCCGGCCCCGGCAAGGAGCUGCCGGGCAGCGCUCCGGGCUCCUGAGCCGGCACCGCCCGGGCUGGGGCCGCGGGAGCACCGGGAGCUCCUCCAGCCCCGGCCUGGGCAGCCGAGCGUGCUCCGAGCUGGGAACUGGAGGAGCAUCGAGCCUUCCUGGUGACCCUCUCUGCUCUGGAGCUGUGAACUGGAGAAGCAUCGAGCCCUCCUGGUGACCCCCUCAGCUCCAGAACUGGGAACUGGAGGAGCAUCGAGCCUUCCCGGUGACCGCCUCUGCUCUGGAGCUGGGAACUGGAGGAGCAUCGAGCCUUCCUGGUGACCCCCUCUGCUCUGGAGCAGUGAACUGGAGGAGCAUCGAGCCUUCCCGGUGACCGCCUCUGCUCUGGAGCUGGGAACUGGAGGAGCAUCGAGCCUUCCUGGUGACCCCCUCUGCUCUGGAGCAGUGAACUGGAGGAGCAUCGAGCCCUCCUGGUGACCCCCUCUGCUCUGGAGCAGUGAACUGGAGAAGCAUCGAGCCCUCCUGGUGACCCUCUCUGCUCUGGGGCCACAGCGGGGCAGCCGGUGGGGUUGUGGUGCUCAAGGACUGUUUUCUGCUCCUCGCUGCCCUACCAGCCCCACUUGUGUCUGCACAGCCCCGGGGGACAGCGAUGCUCUGGGUGCUGUGGUGGCACCCUCAAGUCCGUGUCACCACUGGGCUGCUGAGUGCUCAGCUGGGAAAUGCGUGCACAAAAUCCACUCUCACCCCAUCGGUUUUCACCUUUCCCUGCCCCAAAUCCCCUGAGCUUCUUGCUGGAAAGGUGCUUCUCACUAAAGGGGAGUGUUUUGUGGAGCUGGGCUGAGGAGAGAUGAUGGGCUGUCACAAGCAGCUUCAGAGAAAAUUAAUUUUAGCUGCUUAUCUCAAAGGGUAUCUGGGUCUGCAGGGGUUUAUCUGUGUGGCUCUGCCUUCUGUGGCAGGGCCUGGCUGCCUUUGCUUCCACGUGGAAAAGCUCGUGGCAGGACACAGGGGGUAGUGACAGCCUUUUAAACUUCACACAGUUCCAAUCUGCAGUUGUGCAAACGUGGCAGCUGGGCGGUGACCAUCAACCUGUGCACCUGGUGCCGUGCUGAUAAGGAUGGAAGUUGCCUGGAAAAUGGGAUUUCCACGGGUGCCCUAAGCUCCUGCCACCUCCCACGCCUCAUUCCUGCUGUGAAGGCAGCUGAGAUGCUAAAGAGGAUUUGCAGAGUGAUCUGGUUUUAGAUGUAUCUAAGUAGUAGAAGGUUUUUGUGUAUUUUUUCUCUGUUAUUUCACUUGGUGUGAAAGCCUUGGAAUGAAAAUUAAAUGCCCUUCAGGA